AUGAUGGAUGCCUUUAGGGGAAUGAAUAAGGAUCCACAAAGCAGUCAAGAGGUCCAAGAGAAUGUGGUGAUUCCAGGGGCCAGAAAAUCUCUUAAUUUUGAAGAAUCAGCUGCUUUUGUAGGACUGGAGGAGCCACGUAAUAAUGCUGGUGCUAUCAAGGGAAUGGACGUUCAGAUGCUGGAGGAAAACAUUGUGAAUGAUAAGGCAGAUGUGAAGGUGGAUAUUGAACUGGAAGAUGGCGAUCAUGGCUCAUUCCCGGACGAUAAUAAUCGAGAGGAGGAAGGUGUUUUGCUGUCUGAUUCAGAACUUAUUGCCGAGGGAUGGGAGGAAGGUGAAAUGGCUGAGUUCUUGGAGGAGAUGGAAGAGACUAUUAGUACUGCGGAGCCAAUGAAUCAAGCUACCAAUGACAACAUUGUGGUCGCACCUAAUGAAGCAAAUGAUGCAGGUGUAAAGCUGACUAAGAAGAAAGGCACAAAGACAGGGACACGCCUUGUUCAUAAACUACUUUCUCCGAGAAAAAGCAAGAUCAUUAAGCCUGCAGGAAAGGUUGGUGAGGGCAAGAAGGCUGGCAAUAAGCCUUAA